UUAGCAGCAAACUCCUCCUCUCAGUGCCUCGGCAGCGUUGAGUCCUCCAGAGCAGCGAAGUGGUGACGUAUGGGCCUGAGCGCCGCCUCCUCUCGUUGGUAGCGCUAAGGAAUAGUAAGAUGGCUGCGCCCAUAACUCGUCGCCGGGGAAAGAUGAUCCUUUCCCACGGUGCCCGCUGUGCCCUCUCCCAAGUACCGAUCCCCAGUCGCUCUCUGUGCCACCCCCCCAGACAUGCCCGUGCCCCUCAUUACCAUGUGCUGGUUGUUGGGGGAGGGCACGCAGGGACUGAAGCUGCUGCUGCUGCCGCCAGGACUGGUGCCCACACCCUGCUCAUCACCCACAGACUGGAUACUAUAGGCCAGAUGUCGUGUAACCCCUCAUUUGGGGGCAUUGGCAAGGGGCACCUCAUGCGGGAGAUUGAUGCACUCGAUGGUCUCUGUGGCCGCAUUUGUGACCUGUCGGGCAUUCACUACAAGGUCCUAAAUCGCUGCAAAGGGCCGGCUGUGUGGGGGCUGCGCGCUCAGAUAGACAGGGAAUUGUACAGGCGCAAUAUGCAGAAGGAAAUCCUGGGGACCCCUCGUCUGACCGUGAUGGAGGCGUCUGUUGAAGAUCUGAUUUUAGAGACACCGGACCCCAGUCUUCCUGGGAAAUGUCAGGUCAAAGGAGUCAUUUUAGGAGAUGGCAGGCCGGUGUUGGCAAGCAGUGUGAUUCUGACCAAUGGCACUUUCCUGCGGGGAACCAUGAGGAUUGGAAUGGAGGAGCGGCCAGCAGGACGCUGGGGGGAGGAGCCGGCCGUAGGUCUGGCACAGACAUUGGAUAAUUUGGGGUUCACGGUGGGGCGACUAAAGACUGGAACCCCUCCUCGUAUUGCCAAGGACUCUGUGAAUUUCGAUGUUGUGGAGAGGCACGAGGCUGAUAAUCCCCCAGUUCCGUUCAGCUUCAUGAGUGACAAGGUCUGGAUCCAGCCUCACACGCAGCUCCCGUGUCACCUGACCAGUACCACGCCUGCUGUGGAGCACAUUGUCCGAGAGAACCUUCACCUAAGUAGCCACGUCCAGGAGACCACUGCCGGCCCCCGGUACUGCCCAUCCAUUGAAUCCAAGGUGUUGCGCUUCCCUGGGAGGAGUCACCAGGUGUGGCUGGAGCCUGAAGGGGUAGAUUGUGAUGUCAUUUACCCCCAGGGGCUUUCCGUCACCAUCCCGGCCGAGGCUCAGGAGAGGCUUUUACGUCACAUCCCUGGCCUGGAAAAUGUGCGCAUGUUACGUCCAGGUUAUGGGGUACAGUACGAUUUCCUGGACCCCCGGCAGCUGUGCAGUUCAUUGGAGACCUACCUGGUGCAGAGGCUUUUCCUGGCGGGGCAGAUCAAUGGCACCACGGGGUAUGAGGAGGCAGCAGCUCAGGGAAUCAUGGCGGGUAUAAAUGCUGCAUUGAGAGUCAAGGGCCACCCUGCCUUUACCAUCAGCCGCACCCAGGGCUACAUUGGGGUGCUAAUAGACGACCUAACCACACAGGGAACUAGAGAGCCAUAUCGCAUGUUCACUAGCCGCGCUGAGUUCCGAAUGUCCCUGAGACCCGACAAUGCCGACUCCCGGCUGACCCUGAGAGGGUAUGAGGAAGCCGGCUGUGUGUCCCAAGAACGUUAUGAGAGGGCUCAUGCCACAAACACCACCCUGGCACAGGGACUGGCCACACUGAGAUCCCUCCAGCUGUCACCCCCAAAAUGGCAGCAGCUCAUCCCCAGAGUUCCCAUCAGCAGCAGCCGGGGAUCCACCCUCAGUGCCUUGGAGCUGCUUCGUUACCAGGGAAUGGACCUGCCCACAAUCUCCCGAGCGUUUCCCAAUCAGCUGAGAAUGUUCUGUGAGAGGCCCGACAUUGCCCAGCGCCUAAAGAUUGAAGCCGCGUAUGAGGUGCACGUGUCUCAGCAGCGCAAGGAGAUUCUGGAGGUGCAGCGGGACGAGUCCCUGGUUCUGCCCCAUGAUCUGGAUUACAGGAGCCUGGAUGCCUCCCUGUCUAUUGAGGUGCAGGAGAAGUUGGCAGAGAGCAGACCAGAAACGAUUGGUGCCGCCAGUCGGAUCCCUGGGGUGACACCGGCUGCUGUAGUGAAUCUCCUCAGGUAUGUGAGGAACAAAACACAAGAACCCCCCAGGAGGAAAGUGGGCAAAGUCGGUUCUGAGGCUGAAAGGAAGUUUUUAAUUGGAGGCGGGAGCCACGAGCCCAGAGUCUUGUAGCCCAGAGUCCUGUAGCCCAGAGUCUUGUAGCCCAGAAGCAGCACUGCUGGACAGACCUGGAGCCCAUGGAUUUGCACUGGAUAGUCCUGGGCUCUGGAACGUUUCUCCUCACUUGCCCAUGGUAAUAUGGGUGUCGGAUGUGGAACUAUGAGCCAGAGAAGGUGUUUGUGGGCCCAGUCCAGUUGCUAAGGAUGUGGUGGUAGCAACGGCUGGUGACGUGUGGAACAGGACUGAGUUGAUCUGUGACUAGGGGUUGCACCUGGCUGCUAUAACUGAUGCCAAUCUUAUUAAUAGGAAAAAGGGUAAGAAUAGAGGAAUGGCCUUUUAUUCCAGAAAAUGUGGGAACCCUACAGGCUGGGCCCCAGGAGCAAUGGUUUGUCCCCUAAUAAACGAGUGAUUGUACCUUCACUUUUGUGUGUAUUCCCCCCAAUAAAUCAGUGUUUAUGCAUACAAUG